GACGGCCCAACAGUAUAUAAGGGUAUAUAAGGACCGACUUUUGUUAAGUGAAAGUUAUUCAACUCAACUCCAAAUUACAUUACACGAGGCAUCCUAUUCCACACUAACUCCACAUUAUAUUCAUACUUAUUGUGCAAAAAACCCAUUCCUAUACCAACAUUAUGAUCAGACUCGCAGUCUUCGCUCUGUUUGCCAUCGGAUGUAAUGCCGGUGGAUAUGGCGGACAGAUAGGAACGGCACAGCUCUCGGCGGGCGCCACAUAUGGCAGCGGUUUAGCGGCCGCUCCCCUCCAAUACGCUCAACAGAGUUACGGCGCGCCGUCCUAUGACGCGGCCAUUCAGACCCGCAGAACCGUUGAGUUGAGACCACUGGCCACCGACCAAAACGACUACUCCCAGCCCCAGAUCAUCGAAGUGAACCCGGAUCACGUGCCCGUACAGGUGCACUUCAGGACCGGCUCCAGUCGUGUCAAUGUGCAGCAGAGCCACACUCCCGGCGCACCCGCACAGGUAGAGCACGCCUCCUUCCAGGACGAGCCCCUACUUAUAGCUAAUCUCGCAGUCUUCACUCUGUUUGCCAUCGGAUGUAAUGCCGGUGGAUAUGGCGGACAGUUAGGAACGGCACAGCUCUCGGCGGGCGCCACAUAUGGCAGCGGCUUAGCGGCCGCUCCCCUCCAAUACGCUCAACAGAGUUACGGCGCGCCGUCUUAUGACGCGGCCAUUCAGACCCGCAGAACCGUUGAGUUGAGACCACUGGCCACCGACCAAAACGACUACUCCCAGCCCCAGAUCAUCGAGGUGAACCCGGAUCACGUGCCCGUACAGGUGCACUUCAGGACCGGCUCCAGUCGUGUCAAUGUGCAGCAGAGCCACACUCCCGGCGCACCCGCACAGGUAGAGCACGCCUCCUUCCAGGACGAGCCC